AAAGCGAAAGGACUGGGGGUGCGAGGCGAGUAUACACUGGACCAGUAUACAGCGUGCUGCAUUAUCGGUAACCCGGACGGAGUGUUUAUUCAUCCGCUGAGUAUUUACGACAAAUGCACUCUUUGCAAACUUGACAGCGGAAGGAUUAGAUCAAGCAGUUUUGAAGCAUGGCAUCUGUGCGGUAUUUUCUGUGGAUAUUUAUCGUCUUACUUUUGCCCCAUAACCAAACUUCACAGAGUCUAGAUGCGACGUGGUGGGCACUAGGUUUAGAGUCAUCAUUCAAUCAAUACGAAGCCUUACGAAAUCCUGAUGUGUUGAUAUUUGGCACGCAGCAGAUGUGUACUCAACUACCUGGUUUGUCACCAGGGCAACGAAAGCUUUGCAACCUGUAUAGCGACCACAUGGGGCCUAUAGGUGAAGGGGCUAAGGUUGGAAUCGAGGAAUGUCAAUAUCAAUUCAGAGAUCAGCGAUGGAACUGCAGCACUUCCGAUCAAGAGUCCGUUUUUGGCCGAGUAAUGAGGAUUGCCAGCAGAGAAGCCGCAUUUACGCAUGCGAUUUCGGCAGCUGGUGUCAUCAACUCCAUCAGUCGAAACUGCCGUGAAGGUAGCCUACAGACGUGUGGCUGCAGCAGAGCCUCUAGGCCCGACGACCUUCCAAAGGAAUGGAUAUGGGGCGGAUGUGGGGACAACGUCGAAUAUGGGUACCAAUUCAGUAAGAAUUUCGUAGACAUCAGGGAAAAAGAUUCAACUCCACAAAAAGGAUCAAGUGAAUCCAAACGAAUAAAAAUGAACCUACACAACAAUGAGGCAGGGAGAAGAGCUAUCUACGCCAAGACUGACAUCCAGUGCAAAUGUCAUGGUGUGUCUGGAUCAUGUAGUCUAACAACUUGCUGGUUGCAAUUACCACCGUUUCGCGUCAUUGGAAGCUAUUUGAAAGAGAAAUACGACGGAGCGUCAAAGGUUCGCGUCAACAAGAAAGGAAAGAUGGACAUUUUUGAAAAACGCUUCAAUCGGCCCUCCGAAGAGGAUUUGGUUUAUCUACAGCAGUCCCCGAAUUAUUGUUUAUCGAACGAAGAAACAGGAUCGUUAGGCACAAAAGGAAGGGAAUGCAACAAAACAUCGAUUGGCACGGAUGGGUGUGAUUUAAUGUGCUGUGGGAGGGGGUAUAACUCGUACCGUGUAGAGGUGGUGGAAAGGUGCAAUUGUAAGUUUAAGUGGUGCUGCUACGUGAAAUGCAAACGAUGCAAACUUACGAAGGACGUUUACAUUUGUAAAUAAUACCACUGGACACUAUAUCGGCAUUUUAUUUCAUCUUCCAGCUGUAAAGUAUACAGCGCCACCAUAAAGGUUCCCGAGACAAUGACUGAGCCACUUUCCUGGACACUCUGUUGGUUUAUGCCAUAUAAUUCCAGGGUAGUAGAUCAGAUUUGAUAGUAUCCGGAAAGGGCCUGAAUUAUUCAAACAGAGGAACACUUUGGGCUGCGGAAUAAAGCAUUAUCAAUUCAUUAUACUAACAACCAGGAGAGAUCAGUAGACCUACAGUAUUUACCAACAAAAGUAAUUAUGGCCGUUCGUAAUUCAGCGUGAAAGUAAGAUGUAAUUUCUCCAUUUUAAAAACUUCUUAGUAGAUGUAUAAAGAUAGUAAAUGGUGUGAGGGCUUGCUUCAUGCACCACCAACUCUUUCUAUUUAUUGAAAAACGGUGCUUGACGCUGUAUUUAGUUAAAUAUGAUGAUUUCAUAUUCAUGAAGCAGAUCAUUGUGCAUCUUUAAAACAAGGACAGAGAUAUCUUGUAAAUAGUAGACUUUGUACAGAUAUAAGGGAAUUUACAUUUUCUUUAUUCUCAAUUGUGUAUAAUAAUAAAACCGAUCUUUAGUGAACGAUGUUGAAGUAAGUUUACAAGACCUUGAUAAAUACUUUUUGAAGCAUUCACAUCAAUCAGCGCUUCAUUAUUUCAGGGAAGUAAUCAUUUAAGAAUCAAAGUAAACGUUGAAGGUUUUACCAAAAUAAUGACAGACAUACUUGGCAUAUCUAGUUACCAGUGAGUUGAAUUAUCGAUCAAAGCAUAUAAGGGCGUUCAGGUAACUUAUGAUUAUUUAAAGAGUGAUAAUAGAAUAAUAAGUAUAAUAAAUGUUAUGAUAAUAACAAUAAUGGUGAUGCUGUUGUUGGCUGUUUUACCCACAUUACAUCGACAAAAAAAUUAUAUUUCUCAAUUUCCGUAAUGGGAUAGCCCUAGAGCAUUUCCAUGUAGUUCAAUAAUAGUUUAAAGUAAAUAAUUACUUGUAUAUUAGGGCCAAGUUCAAAUGUAACCAUAUUCUGAUAAUAUCUAUGAUUUGUAUGUGGGU